AUGGCUGCGGAGUUGCACCCGCGCAGCGGAAAACUGAUCGGCCUGUCGAACUCGAACCGAACCGCUCAGCGCAACCAACCGGUCCAAGAAUUCAACCAUGGCUUGGUUCUAAGUAGAGAGCCACUAAGGGACCGUGAUGUCUUUACUGUCCGUAUCGACAAGAAGGUGAACUCAUGGAGCGGUUCCAUUGAGAUUGGCGUGACGGCGCUGGACCCGGCGGCCCUGGACUUCCCCAGCAGCGCCACUGGGCUGAAGGGCGGCUCCUGGAUCGUUUCGGGCUGCUCGGUGCUGAAGGACGGCCGCUCCGUGCUGGAGGAGUACGGCCGGGACCUGGACCAGCUGGGGGAGGGCGACCGCGUGGGCAUCCAGAGGAACGGUCGCGGCGAGCUGCACCUGUGGGUGAACGGGCAGGACUGUGGCGCCGCGGCCAGCGGUCUGCCCGCCCGGCUCUGGGCCGUGGUGGACCUGUACGGGAAGUGCACGCAGGUCACGGUGGUCAGCUGCGAGCCGCCGCCCCCCAGCACCGAGGGAGAGGCGGAGGAGGAAGAGGAGGCCUCUGCAGUCCAGGACGACAGUGCGGUGGGGGCCACGGUGGCUUUGAGCGCCGCUGAUGUGAACGGAGAUAUGGAGGAAGUGCCCGAACUCCCUCGCAGUCAGAGCAGGCCAGACAAGUUUCCCAAUACCUUAGAGCCCGAGACAGUGCUGACAGAACAUCAGCUUUUCGAUGUGUUCAACAAUGCCAUAGUGAGCCUGUACCGCUCAGAAGAGGAGGGUGGGGGAGAAGGAGGGGGUGGAGGAGGAGGGGGAGGAGGAGGCGGGCUAUCGGAGGGCUCGAGGGGAGGCACAGGGAGCAGCAGCGGAGCGGGCGAGGGAGGCAGUGACAGUGGGAGCGCGGCUGGAGGCGGAGGUGGAGGGAGCACCAACAGCAGCCCUGCCGGGGGUGGAGGGGGCGUGCCUGGACUGGGGGUGGGUUUAGGGGGAGUGAUGACCAAUGACGCGCUGCUCUUCCACGAGAAGUGCGGCACGCUGAUCAAAUUGAGCAACAACAACAAGACGGCAGAACGGCGAAGACCCCUGGACGAGUUCAACAACGGGGUGGUGAUGACCAACCGCCCACUGCGGCACAACGAGAUGUUUGAGAUCCGCAUCGACAAGCUGGUGGAUAAGUGGUCUGGGUCAAUUGAGAUUGGAGUGACAACCCACAACCCUAAUAACCUGGAUUACCCUGCAACUAUGACAAACCUUCGCUCAGGCACAAUCAUGAUGAGCGGCUGUGGGAUUCUUACCAAUGGGAAGGGGACCCGCAGGGAGUACUGUGAGUUCAGCCUGGAUGAGCUGCAGGAGGGGGACCAUAUAGGCCUGAUGCGGAAGGCCAGCGGAGCUCUUCAUUUCUAUAUAAAUGGAAUUGACCAAGGAGUGGCAGCUGCCCAGACUCCGGGCGUUGUCUACGGAGUCGUGGACCUCUACGGCAUGGCUGUGAAAGUCACCAUCGUGCACAACCACAACCACAGUGACAGACUGCGGCGUAACAACGCCAUCAUGAGGGCGCUGUCCCCCGACGUGGGCCGCCCCCGCCCAUCCCUCUCCCUCACCCCAGACCCGGACGCCCCAGACCGCCUCCUCUUCCACCCCAACUGCGGCCAAAAGGCGGCCAUCAUUAGCGAAGGCAGGACUGCCCUGCGCCCCCAUGCGACAGACGACUUUAAUCACGGAGUGGUCCUGAGCAGCCGACCACUGCGCUCCAACGAGGUGUUCCAAGUGCGCAUUGACAAGAUGGUGGACAAGUGGGCCGGUUCCAUUGAGAUUGGUGUUACCACACACAACCCGGCCUACCUGCAGCUGCCCUCCACCAUGACCAACCUGCGCUCAGGUACCUGGAUGAUGACAGGCAACGGUGUGAUGCACAACGGAACCACGAUACUUGAUGAGUACGGACACAACUUGGACAGGCUCAAGGCUGGGGAUACAGUGGGCGUGGUACGGAAGGAGGACGGCAGUCUACACUUCUUUGUGAACGGAGUGGCGCAGGGUCCCGCUGCUUGGAACGUGCCUCCCAGCGUCUACGCCGUGGUGGACCUGUACGGGCAGGCUGCCCAGGCCACCAUCAUGGAUGACAUGGCUGACCUGCCCCCUCUGCCGGAGGACUGCUCAGAAGGGCCCACGGCCAUGUCCCCUGGCAGCCCGUGUUCAGUGGGAGGGGGCAACGGUGCCAACGACCUGCGCUUCCACCAGCUCCACGGCACUAAUGCGGUCAUCACCAACGGGGGGCGCACCGCCCUGCGGCAGAACUGCCGCAGCGAGUUCAACGAUGCCAUCGUCAUUUCUAACAGGUGUCUCCGAGAUGGAGAGCUAUUUGAAAUAGUCAUUCAGAAGAUGGUGGAUCGCUGGUCAGGAUCAAUAGAGGCUGGGGUGACCGCAAUCAGGCCGGAUGAGCUGGAGUUUCCCAACACAAUGACAGACAUUGACUAUGACACGUGGAUGCUGAGUGGCACAGCCAUCAUGCAGGACGGGAACACCAUGCGGAACAACUACGGCUGCGACCUGGACUCUCUGACCACGGGCUCGCGCAUCGGCAUGAUGCGCUCCGCCACCGGCGACCUGCACUACUACAUCAACGGCGUGGACCAGGGGGUGGCGUGCACCGGGCUGCCGCCAGGUAAAGAGGUGUAUGCGGUGAUUGACUUGUAUGGCCAGUGUGUCCAGGUGUCCAUCACCAGUGCCUCUGGGCCGCUGGACAACAGCCUGUGCACCAGCAACAUCACAGAAAAGAGCUUUCCGAUCCACUCACCAGUGGCAGGAGUGGCUCACCGCUUGCAUAGUAAGCACGGUAAGAACGUGGUGCUGCUUGGGGAGGCCUGCCAGGCAGUGAGGGUGGGCGGGUACGCUCACGGAAUCGUCUUCAGCGGCAAGGAGCUGAAGACCGACGAGCUCUUUGAGGUGAAGAUCGAUGAAGUGGAUGAGCAGUGGUCGGGCUCGCUGCACGUGGGGCUGACCACCCUGCAGCCCACGGACCUGCCCACCUGCCCCAUGGGUGGCCUCUCGCCCUCGCUGCCCCAGCUGAGGGCCAAGGUCACCUGGCUGCUGGCCGGCUCGGAGGUGCGACGCAACGGCGUGCUGCAGCGGCAGAACUACGGCUGCUCCCUGGACCGGCUGGCGGUGGGGAACCGUGUGGGGGUGAAGAGAUGCAGCGAUGACACCAUGCACAUCCUGAUCGACGGAGAGGACAUGGGCCCUGCAGCCACUGCUGUGGCCAAGAACGUGUUUGCGGUGCUGGACCUGUACGGCCGGGUGACGGCAGUCUCCAUCGUCAGCUCCUCUGUGCUGGAGGACACGGAGAGCACCAAGGCUCCCUCCAUCUCCUCCGAGAGCUGCAGCGAGGGAGAGGAGGACAGCACUCCGUGUGAGAAUGAGGCUGCCUUGGUUCCUGCCGCCAUGACUUUCCUGGAGAAUCAUGGGAAGAACAUACAGCUGUCCAAUCAGAAUCUGACAGCUGCCCGUGUGUCCAGCUACAACCAAGGCCUGCUGGUUACAGCACAGCCUCUCUCCCGACAGCAGCUGUUCCAGUUUCAGGUUGACCGUCUUAACCCCUCCUGGACGUCCUCCCUGUCCCUGGGUGUGAUCGGCCACUCCCCCGAUCGGCUCAACUUCCCCUCCACGGCCUGCUGCCUGAAGCGCUCCGCCUGGCUGCUGCAGAGAGAUUCCGUUUUCCACAACUCCCUCAAGAUCUGCGAGAACUACGGGCCCAACCUGGACACCUGUCCCGAGGGCACCGUGCUCGGCUUGCUGGUGGACGGGAACAGCUGCCUGCACCUCUACGUCAACGGGAUGGACCAGGGCGUGGCAGCGCAGGACAUCCCCAGCCCCUGUUACCCCCUCAUUGACCUCUAUGGCCAGUGUGAACAGGUUACCAUAGUGACCAACGAUUUGCCUGAGGUGGGAAGGGAGAGUGGAGAAUCCCGUUGCCAGGGUGAUAUGGAGAAAGCUGACAUGGUUGAUGGGAUCAAAGAGAGUGUGUGCUGGACGCCACCACCAGAGGUGAACCCCAAUAAGACCUGCGAGUACCAGGCACUCUGCUCCCGCUUCAAAGACCUCCUCACUCUGCCUGAUGGCUAUUUUAAUGAAGAUGCCAAGUAUAACCUGUGUUACUGUGAGUCCUGCCACAAGCUACGGGGGGACGAGGCCUACUACAAACGCGGGGAGCCGCCCCGGGACUACGCCCUUCCUUUCGGCUGGUGCCGCUUUGCACUCAGGAUCAAGCCCCACUGUGAGGUGUCCAAUGCGCUGAAGAAGUGGCACAUCGCCUAUCACGGCACCAGCGUGGGCAAUCUGAGGCGUGCCCUGGAUCACAGCCAGCUCCUGUCAGGCACGUCGUCCAUAUUCUCGGUGACGCAGGUGAAGACCGAGGGCCAGAAUGGCUACAGCGGCCCUGAAGAGAACAGCGCUCCCGACAGGGAGGUGCCAAGAAUACAGCUGUCUCCCACCAUGCGCUACUCCGGCCUGGAGACCUUCGCCCCCAAAGUGCAAUUCCGAGACCCCCGCUCUCACCGCUAUCACCAAGCGCAGGUGGGCUUCCAGGUGUGCGUCCGGCCCGGCUCCUACAAGGCAGGCCCCCAGACCCUGGGCCUGAGCGAGUCUUUGGACCCCCGCUUCAGCAACUCGGAGAUCGAGUGGAUCACCAAGGAGAAGGGCGGCACUCUACUGUACGGCCUCCUCAUCCGGGUGGAGUGAGGGCCCGGAGGCGGGGUCUUCUCAUGACCGCCCCCCCCUUGGGCAGCCAACAAAAUUCCAGAACUUUCCCUGCUCAUCCCCACCGCAACAUCUGUGACUUUUUGGAAUUUUCAGCCGGGGAUGGUGUUGAUAAACAAGGAUAGACUUCUGCGUUCUAUUUUGUUUAUUUUUGAACACAGUUUUUGUGGGGAAGGUGGGGUGCUUUCAGACAGGAGCGACACUGCCUGCACUUUAUGUUUUGGACACAAGUGGGCGAUUUUUAAACUUCUCAUCGAUUUGAUACUCCAUUCACUACAAUUUGUCUUCACAUUUCUCUCUCACACACACACACGUUCGCCUCCCGCCACUUCUGUCUUCUCACUUCUGCCUACUUCUCUUCUAUUUGGGAACUCUGUUUCCGAAAAUCUGUACUAUAUUUUUUACUUUCAUUCCCAGCCCAUAGUUGUGCUCUUAGUCUUUUUUUUCUUCAUGAAAAUCAUACUACUCCCAUUUUUUGUUGGCCUUGUUUUGUGGUUCAGGGCAUGGUCAUUGUCCUCUGUGAGAGAGGGUGCAGGGAUGAACACGUCUUGCUCUGGGCUUGCACACCAAACACUACCACCUCCUCUCACUCACCACUCAGCACUGUCUGGACUCCGUGCUUUUUAAAAACUCACUGGGGAAGAAACGACAAUUCAAUGGAAGAAAAAAAAAAAAAAAAGAAAAUAGUUGAACGAUACCAAGAACAAAAAAAAAAAAAAGACGAAAUGAAGUUCAAAUCAGGAGGGGACCUGAGAAUACCACAGGGAGAAGGAGAGAACCCCCAAACUGGAGAAAUGUUUACGCUGACAUGUCCUGUAAGUGUGCGUGGAUCCUGUCCAGCUCUCCUCUCCCUCCUUCACUCCAGUCUGUCUUUUUUUUUUUUUUUUUUUUUUUCUUUGACAAGUUUAUUUUGUCUUGAUGCCUGGUUUGCUGUCCCCACCUAUUGUAUCAAUGCUGAGCACAGAGCACGUUCACACAAACUGAGUCAUAUGCCUCUCAGAGGCUCUUUAGUGCUGCGUUUGCAGCAGCGUUAAUCAACCUUGGUCCAGCAGGGGAGUAAUUCAGUACAGCUCCUCAGAACUGGUUCUUAUAGGGCCAUAGUGGCUUCAGGGAAAUUUGGCUGUUGGUUCUGGAGGGUCAUAUUGUCUACAAGAAUCUCAGCUUCUGUAAGGCCAAUAAUAUGCUUUGAUUACUACAACUUCAGAACUGUGGAGGAAGUCCAAUUGGUGCAGUCUAGAUGAUGAUUAGACCAAACUUGCCAUCACAUUUAGCAUUCUUGUAGAGUGGAUGAGCUAGAAACCAAUGAAGCUUAAUAGGAGCAUUUCCUUUGGGCUGUGACCUCAGCAGGAUGGAAAGCAUGUCAAAUAGUUUUGAUAGCUUUUAGAUUCCUGAAAGGAUACCAUGAUCCUGCCCAUUUGGCAGCAUAGCGCAUAGGGGCUUCAUCCUGACGCACUGAAUCACAGUCGAGUGUUACCUUUCUAGUUUGGGCCUCCUUUAAAAUAAGGGUUAAAAGCACCAUUUUGCUUGUUCCCAGUGCACUGUUCAUGUUUACCGCACUGCAGUUUGGUCAGGGCUCUGAAAGGAGGCGGCGGGGUUCUUCUCUGAAACGCUCACAGAUGUUCCAGGGUCAGUUAGGAAAUGGAUUCGUAGCAUUUCAAGAUGGAUUCCACACUCUGACUUUCAGUUUACCCCACCUCAAGAUUGGAGAGGGUUACAGACAAAUGUGACAAAAUGAAGGCGUUCUAGCAUAGGAUUUCAGUAUUAUGGAUCCCACUCUCUCCUGUUCCUAAUGUUUACACAGUAGGCUUUUGCUUAAGCCAUUGUCUCCGCUAAGUCUUUGCUCAUUUAUCGUUGUUGCACAUUGAGGAGAUUUUGCUCCAGCCAUGCAGUGGUGUGCCUAGGUGCUGACAUGCAAGGAACAUAGGGAAAUUGAGUUUGUUUUAAAUUGUGGCCCUGAUAAUAUAGCUCACAAUGGAAAUACAUUUUCAGAAUGAAUACUUGAGUUAUUUUCGUUCGCUCAAAUGACAUUUACUGACAAAUAACAUUUACAAAGAGCUUAUCCGGUUCCUAAAGAAUCUGGAAUUUGAAUGAUCCACCACUGUCUCCAAAGCAUAUCUUAAAAACAGCACUUUGUGUCUUUCGUUUAGUUUUUUGUUGCCAAUUUGAUGUAUUUUGGUAUAUAUAUUUUUUUUUUAUGUCAAAUCCCAUGAGCUUGCCAAGAGUUCCUGGGCAAUACCAUUUUCAUCUCAGCCAUGGAGAAGUGGGGUUGUCUGGGUAACAGAGUUAAAUUAGUUGCCUCGAACAGAAUGUGUGCUCUAA